AUUUGGAUUCCGUAUGUGAAGAUUACGGAUUCGAGAAUAAUAUAUAAUAUUUUAUUUUUCCUACACCAUUAUGUUCCGGCUUUUCUCGGCGAUUCUUAUUUGUGGUGUUCGGGGAAAAAAACAAAGUACCUAAAUAUAUUUUUACUUAUUUAUAUUUAUCUUACUAAAUGUCAUAAUAUCGUGAUAGUUUAUACUUUUAGGAUAUCGAAGAUUCUUAUCAUAUAAAUAUUGUCGCUCCUUAUGAUUUUGCCAUGCAAUUAGACUUAAAGUCCGUAAAUAAAAUAAAUGUUUUAACCAUAUGAUUUAAGCAAAAUGUACAUCUAAAAUAAUUAAAAUCUAUUACAUAAAGCCUUUUUUCAUGAGAUUAAUUUUCAAAAUAUUGAAUUGUGUUAUGUCAUUUGUUCUUACUUACUAGCGUCUGCUACUUAUAGUUAUUACUAUAACUAUAAGUUGUAGAUUUAUUGAAAAUUCACAAUUCUUAUUAUAUUAGNUGAUUUAAGCAAAAUGCACAUCUAAAAUAAUUCAAAUCUUUUAUAUAAGGCCUUUUUUUUUGAGAUUAAUUUUAAAAAUAUUGAAUCGUGUUAUGUUAUUUGUUCUUACUUACUAGCGGCUGCUACUUAUAGUUAUUACUAUAACUAUAAGUUGUAGAUUUAUUGAAAAUUCACAAUUCUUAUUAUAUUAGAAAUGGCGACUUUAUGAUAAGCAUCAGCUUUAUCUAUUUAGACAAUUUUAAAUGGUUAUUUUGUCAUGCUAUAUACUGUAGGUAUUUUAAAAUUCGUAUUGUUUUUAAUUGAUUUGUAUUAGGUUAAAAAGUAUUUCUAUAUUACGAAUUAAGGUUGGGAAAAAUAUAAAUUAAUGACAAAACUCUAAAAAGUUACAAGGGACAUUAAAAAUAUUUUUUUCGUUGGUUUAUUCGGUGCAGUGCAUUAUAUUAAUACAAAAAAUAACUAUAAAUUUGUUUUAAUAGAGCGGUAAGACUGUAUAGAACACUGAAGACUAUGAUGAAAGACUUAGAAUUUUUCGUCUUCCGACAUUUUCAUUUCGAUGACACUCGUUUACAAGAGCUGAUUGCAUCGCAGAGCGAUAUGGACAAAAGAUUGUUCAACAUGGAAAUAUCCAAUAUUGUAUGGAAAGAUCAUUUUCUAAAAACUAUUAAAGGAUUCAAACGUCAUAUUCUCAAAGAAAACGAAUAUAGCCCUGAAGCUAAACAAAGAUAUAACAAGUAAUUAUAUCUGUCUCCGUAGUUUAUAUUUCACGUAAAAAGUAAAUUUAUUAAAACUAGGUUUUUAAAUAUUUUUUUUCAGAAUCUGGAUUGCUUAUUACACUUUAAAAACAUUUUAUUAUGUUUUUAUACUAUAUUUAAUAAUUUUAAUAUUAAAAUAUAUCUUUUAUUAA